AGUAGCUCACGGAAGGCGCCAUGUUCGAGUUCGACGACCUUCAGAUUCAGGCUCUCCAUACUCUGUGUUAGGUACGUCAAAGAAAUAUCCUAACUGCCUUCGUACGGCACCAACAAGCGGAGAAUGGAAGCGCCUUUGCUACAUGGUCUCGCCGCGGCAGACUAUGAGCCACUCAAGAGUUUCAGUGACGCCAAUCGUGUGUUCUUCGCUGAGACGAAGAAGCUCUGGAAGAUUGCGGCGCCCAUUGUGUUUGGUAUACUUUGCCAGUAUGGAAUCAACUCAGUCACUAGCAUUUUCGUUGGCCAUAUCGGCGACGUUGAGCUUUCCGCCGUUUCUAUCUCUGUUUCCGUUAUAGGAACCUUCGCCUUUGGCUUCAUGCUUGGUAUGGGAAGUGCACUGGAGACGCUGUGUGGUCAAGCUUAUGGCGCUGGACAAGUUUACUUACUUGGUGUUUAUAUGCAACGUUCAUGGAUUAUUCUUACGGUUUCCAGCUUCUUUAUUCUACCAAUUUACUGGUUUGCUGAACCAAUCCUAAAGGUUCUGGGACAAACAGAUGAAAUAUCUGAAGUUGCAGGAUGGUUCACAAGGUUGCUUAUUCCCGAACUCUUUUCAUUGGCGAUCGUUUUUCCCACCCAAAAGUUCCUUCAAGCCCAAAGCAAGGUCAAUGUCCUUGCCUAUAUCGGGUUUGUCGUCUUAUUAUUACAUGCUGCAAUGCUCUGGCUCUUUAUUUUCGUAUUCAACUGGAACCUAACUGGUGCAGCUAUUGCAAGCAAUAUUUCAAGUUGGGUUACUGCCAUAGCACAAGUUAUCUAUGUUGUUGGUUGGUGUAAAGAUGGAUGGACUGGUUUGUCACGGUCGGCUUUCAAUGAUAUAUGGGCCUUUGUUGGCCUUUCCUUUUCAUCCGCUGUAAUGCUUUGCCUAGAACUCUGGUAUAUGAUGAGUGUAAUUAUUCUUACCGGCCAUCUCGAUAACGCGGUAUAUGCCGUUGGUUCCCUUUCAAUUUGCAUGAAUAUCAACGGGAUCGAAGCAAUGUUAUUUAUAGGUAUCAAUGCUGCCAUCAGCGUGCGGGUUUCUAAUGAGCUUGGACAAGGGCAUCCAGUGGCGACCAAAUAUUCUGUCUAUGUUACAGUGUUUCAGUCUCUUCUUCUCGGCUUACUAUCCAUGGUGGUUAUCUUAAUCACGAAGGAUAGUUUUGCUGUCAUUUACACCAGCAGCAAAGAAAUGCAAGCUGCUGUCUCUAAACUAGCAUACCUUCUCGGAAUCACGAUGGUUCUUAACAGUGUCCAGCCAGUAAUUUCAGGUGUUGCUAUUGGAGCUGGUUGGCAAACGUUGGUAGCAUAUAUCAAUCUUGGCUCUUAUUAUGCUUUUGGUCUUCCCCUUGGUUAUCUUCUUGGUUAUACAAAACAUUUGGGAGUUCAGGGACUGUGGGGAGGCAUGAUCUGUGGACUUUCUCUCCAAACCAUUCUGCUUCUGAUCAUACUCUAUAAAACAAACUGGACCCAUGAGGUGAAUCAGUCAAUAGAACGGAUGAAAAGAUGGGGAGGACAAGAGGUCAAAAUUGUCAAUUCAGCUGAUUACAUAUGAACUAGACAGUCAGAAAACAGCUUGACCAGAUUGCUCUAACUUAGUUUGGAAAUUUUUUUUUGUUUUUUUUAUAUGAUUUCUGUUCCUUAGUUCUUCAUGCCGCUCUAAAUGAACUUGUGCCUAGCCUAAAAUUUCCCACUCCUUAUUUGACGUUAAAUUGGAUUUAUGGAAACAAUUUAGAUUUUUAUCAAAAGAUGUCAUUAAGAUGGUAAGAUCAUAUCUCCACUAA